AUGAAAUCUCUGUUGCUUUUCCUUUCCCUGCUCUCUGCCCUCUCCUGUGUCCUCUCUCAGAUGCAGCUGGUCCAGUCCAGCCCGGGAGCGGCGAAGCCUGGAGAGACCCUGACCUGCGCUGUCUCCGGGAUCUCCAUCUCUGCUCAGAAUUCCCUUUGGCACUGGAUCCGGCAGCCCCCCAGAAAGGAGCUGGAGUGGAUGGGAUAUGUGUACACAUAUAAGGCUACCUCGUCUCUCCAAGGCCGAGCCACCAUCUCUGGAGACACCGCCAAGAACCAGGUCUCCCUGCAGCUCCGCUCGCUGACAGCCACGGACACCGCCAGAUAUUACUGCGCCAGAGACACAGUGACACGGGGCAGAGCGGGGCUGGUACAAAAAGGGGGAACGGUUUCUAAGCAGCCCAGUGUCCUCGCUCAGGUGCAGCCGGUCCAGUCGGGCCCGGGAACGGUGAAGCCCGGAGAGACCCUCACCCUGACCUGCGCUGUCUCGGGUGUAGCCAUCACUGACAGCAGCUACGGAUGGGACUGGAUCCGGCAGCCCCCUGGAACAGGGCUGGAGUGGCCGCAGACCCCGCUGCCGUCCCCGCGCCAGAGACCCCGGGACACGGAGCAGAGAAGGGACUGGCACAGAAACGGGAAGCGGGUUCUCAACAGCCUCCUGCGGCUGGUCCAGUUCAGCCCGGGGGCGGCAAAGCCUGGAGAGACCCUCACCCUGACCUGCGCUGUCUCCGGGUUCUCCAUCACUAGCAGCGGUUAUGGUUGGGACUGGUCCAGCAGCCCCCCACACAAAGGGCUGGAGUGGCUCGGGUGUCUUGUCCCAGGUGCAGCUGGUCCAGUCCGGCCCGGGCGUGGUGAAGAGACCCUCACCCUGACCUGCGCUGUCUCGGGUGUCUCCAUCACUGACCGCAGCUGUGUCCUCUCUCGGGUGCAGCUGGUCCAGUCCGGCCCGAGGGCGGUGAAGCCUGGAGAGACCCUCACCCUGACCUGUGUUGUCUCCGGGGUCUCCAGCUCUGCUCAGAUGGUGAGACAGGAUUUCAUCCCAGCUCGCCAGGGCAUGACCUUCAGCUCUGACACAUUUCACACGGAGGCCCCGGUCCAGUCUCAGGCUAUGGAACCGCUCGGAGAGGGCCGCUUUGGCGAGUGA